GCGGUUUUAUAGGCUUGAGAUAUGUUAUGUUGAUUUAUGGUCAAGAUUAUUGUUUUUAAGCAAUAUUUGACCGACGAUUUCUUUCGCUGACGCUUGAUAAAUAGAUAGAUGCGAUAGUACAGAUAUUUUACGUAUACAGGCGGUAGCACAAAUAUUUUGGAAAUUUUUGCUGCUGUUAGUAAAUGACUUGAGAGUUACGAUAAUUAAAAUGCAUGUACUGUAUAAGCUGCAUGUACUGUUUUAGAUAUUGCGUAAUUUGCGUUUGAGAAGCCGCGAUAAAACUUUUUAAGUGCGAACUGCUGUUUGGUUAUCGUGUUUACUGUUGAGGCACAAGGCGGAAAUCCUUAUAGCGCUAUGAUAUGUUCCGCCGUCUUUGUUUGAUGAGGGAUAGUGAAAUUUACAUAAGCUUAUUCGUUGGGUGAUGAAUAGAAUAUGGCCGUGUAAAGUUUUUUCGAUUUCAGGUCAGAUUAUUUGUGCUAAUCCAUGAAUUCGUUUGAUAUAUCAUUAAUCUCCGCAUUUUUGUGUUAGAUUGGUUUAUUAUGUUAGAUUGAUAAUCAGCUGUCGGAUCGUUCGGGACCACUUUUUGUGCUUAGUGUGAUGCAAUCAGUUGUUGGGACAAACGAUUUAGCUACCAACUGGUUGAGCGUGUUCGUUGAUUUGAGUGCAGACAAUUAACCGUAUCCGGCGGCGUAAAAAUGCAUCUAAUCUGUGUAAUCGGUACUCUCCUACUUAUGCUGAUUCCCUACGCCAUCUCCCAAGCACUAAACGGGAUCCGUUCAUCCAGUGUGGGACAUCGCAGAUUGAACUGUACAUUCAACCCGUCCAUUGAAUAUGGUCUGGAAAAAGUCCACGAAGAAACCACCGCCAAUGUCACCGUGGAGUGUGUGUGCUCGGCUGAAGCGGUAACUGCAGGGAAAGUUAUCUUAUUACAAAUUCGUCCAGCUCGAUCGGAUAUUAUUGAACUCGAGGGUGAGGGCGAAGAGCAGUUGCACUGCCGCGAGGAUUUCUCUCGCACAAUAUGGGUGCGGGGGAAAUUUCUAGGUCGGGAUAAUCUGCUCAUUACCGCCACCACGCAGGAUGAAAAAGAUGCAGGAAAAGAAACGGAACUGGUGGAUGUGUUCCCGGUCAGUAUUAUUCGGGCACCCUCCAAAUUAGAUACGGCUUUUGUGGCUAUUAUCGCUAUCCUUGUGGGGAUCAACACUAUUAACAUGGGCUGUCACUUGGAUCUGGAGGUGGUGAAGGAAAAUUUAAAGAAGCCCUGUGCGAUCGGCAUUGGCUUUACUAGCCAGUACAUGUUUAUGCCAUUGAUUGCGUACGGGGUCGCAAUGGCAUUGUUUCAAGAGCCAAAUCUCCAGCUUGGUUUGUUUACCAUGGGAUGUUCGCCUGGAGGUGGCGCUUCAAACUUUUGGACACUACUGUUAGAAGGAGACACCAAUCUCAGCAUAACGAUGACUUUCCUCAGCACUGCGUUGGCUUUAGGAAUGAUGCCGUUCUGGCUGUUCACUCUGGGACGCUCCCUCUUCGGCAAUCUCCAGAUUCGCAUCCCCUUCUCCAACAUUCUCACCAGUCUGAUCGCGCUGACCGGCCCGCUGGCCAUCGGUGUACUGAUCCGUCGUUACCGUCCACAAUGGGCCAAUCAAGCCGUGAAGUGCAUCCGCCCCUUCACCAUCCUGAUGAUGCUGUUCAUUUUCACCUUCGGUGUUUACGCCAAUCUGUACAUGUUCUACGUGAUGAACUGGCGCACCAUGUUGGCCGGAUUGAUUGUCCCAUGGUGUGGAUACGUUUUUGGUGCCACAUUGGCAGUUAUCUCCAAGCGCAGUAAGGAGCAAGUGAUUGCCAUCUCCGUGGAGACGGGAGUACAGAAUACAGGAAUUGCCAUUGUUCUGCUGCGAUACAGUCUGCCGCAGCCGGAUGCGGAUUUAGGUUCGGUGCUGCCGGUGUGCGGAUCGAUUAUGUUGUUUAUUCCGCUCUUCUUAUGGUUCUUGGGCUUGACGGCUUAUAAUCGGUGCUGCAAAUCGCGAGUGAUGGAAGUGCGAACGGAGGAAGGCAGUCUGGAGGAAAUGGAAAAUGGUGUGGGGCCGGUAACGGAGGAAAAGGAAGAGAAGAAACAGGCUAAAAUUUUCACCGGGUUCUUUAAGAAGAAUCGAACUAAUUCCCUUCCACUGCCGCCCUCUCAGCAGGAGUUACUCAAGCCGAUUGAGGCUUAAUUCCUGCGGGAGGUUUAAUAUUAAUUUUAUUUUGGUUUGAUAUUCUACUCUUAAGAGUUUUAUCUGUUCUGCGCUGUUUGAAAUGGUUGACCAUGCGAGUUUUAUGUAAUAAGCAUUAGACAGUGUUUCAUGCUAGGUAUAUGAGGUAGGUAUGUAGUAGCAGUUUUCUUGAACCAGAGCAUGCUUACGCAAGACUGGUGUUUUUGCAAACAACGAAAGAUCUUCAGUGUAUCUGCUGAAUAUUUAUAAAUCGGAAGAAAUACAGCCGGAAUUACAACGUUUAAACAGGAAUGU